GACCAUCCUCAACUCAGCCACCUUCAAAUGUAAAUCUUGACAAAGCUUUUCAAAGUCAUUUUAUCAUUUGCGGCGCCAGAGAUAAGGAACUGUUUUACAAUAUUUGAAUUUCAAGAUUGUCAAUAAUCAUGGAACAGACGCCGAAAUCAAAUUACUCAGUUUGAAGCAUAAAUAUGACUGUCGGUCUGAGAAAAACGAUGGGGUUAACGAAUAAGAUAACCCAAACUCUUCGUAAACGUUUAAAUGAACGAAACGUUAGUGACAGACUUUUGGCGGAUAUUGAAGAAAAAAAGAAGAGAAUACUUUUGGAUAUCGAUACAAAUAUGUUGAAAAUUGGUUUUCUUGGUGGCGGAAAAAUGGCACAGGCCUUAGCCAAAGGAUUUAUAAAUGCUGGUCUCAGUAAAGGAGAGAACAUAAUUGCGAGUUGUCUUCCAAGUGACUCAGGAAGCAUUGAAGCAUUUCAGGAAUUGGGAUCUAGUACAGUAUUUUCAAAUAGUUCUGUAGCUGUUCAUGGAGAUGUUUUAAUUUUAUCAGUAAAACCUCAAGUGAUUCCUAAAAUUUUGCCCGAAUUAAAAUCAAAUAAAAAAUUAGUAUUAUCAAUAGCAAUGGGCAUCAGUUUGAAAACAUUGGAAAAGGGUCUACCCAAAGGAACACCAGUUAUCAGGGUAAUGCCGAAUACGCCAGCUUUAGUAGGAUGUGGGGCCACUGUUUUUUCCCGAGGAAGCAAUGCAAGCGAAAAAGAUGCUCAAUUAACUGAAAAAUUAUUUUCUGCUGUUGGUUUUUGCGAAGAGGUUCCAGAAAAUAUGAUUGAUCCUGUUACUGCAUUAGCUGGAUCUGGACCAGCAUAUAUUUACAUGGUGAUUGAAGCUCUCGCCGAUGGGGCAGUGAAAAUGGGCAUGAUGAGGCCCCUUGCUUACAAAUUGGCGGCCCAAACUGUUCUUGGGGCUGGAACAAUGGUACGUGAAACAAAUACUCAUCCGGGUCAACUUAAAGAUGAUGUCACAUCUCCAGCAGGAUCUACAAUAACAGCUGUUCAUUAUCUCGAGAAACAUGGAUUAAGAUCUGCAUUAAUUGGAGCAAUUGAAGCUGCCACAUUACGUUGCCGAGAAGUAAGUUCACAAGCAGAAGUCAACAAAAGUUAAUUUGAAAUUUUAUUUUAAUUUUAUCUAUAAAUAUUAAUUAAUCAACAUGUAAAUAUGUACAGUAACUAAUAAUAGUAAAUAAUUAUUUAAUUCAUAA